AUGGGUGAAAACUUGAUCUCUACCGUGCUUCAAGCCGACAGGGAGAACAUUCUUCGAUAUGCCCCGUUUAUGGGGAUUGCCCUUUUGUCACUUCUGGAUAUUCAAUAUUUUCGAAAUCCCCUGAGGAACGUCCCUGGUCCAUUCUGGGCGAAAUUCUCCAACCUCUGGCUUGUUUAUCAUACUCGCCAGGGCUCAAUGCACCGCAAGAUUAUCGAAGUCCACGAGAAGUACGGACCGCUGGUUCGACUCGGACCGCACGAAAUCAGCACUGCGGACAUAAAUUCUCUCGGAACCGUUUAUGGUGCGGGCAACGACUUCCGCAAAAGCGACUGGUAUAUGCCAUGGCAAGGCAACCGGAAAUGGGACCUGUUUUCAGAACGUAACGAAAGUAUUCAUCGAUCACAACGGCGAUUGGUCAGCCAUAUAUAUUCGCUAUCGAAUAUGAAGAAACUGGAGCCUUACGUCGACAGCGCUAUCUUAUUCUUGCUCAAAAAGUUGGCUUCCAUGGAAGGUGAAAAGAUUGACGUGGGAAGAUGGACUAGGCUGUUCGCCUACGACGUCAUUGGUGAAGUCACAUUCUCCAAGCGAUUCGGUUUCAUGGACGAUGGCAUAGAUGAUGGUGCCUUUACCAUGAUCGAUAAUAUCCUGCAGUGCGCUAAUUGGGUGGGGCACAUCCCUUGGUUCUACUCUAUCAGCAUAUGGCUGGCUCCUAUAAUCGGCAAUCGCCUCGCGAUCACCCAACGCCAGGGCAAGCUUCUGCAAAUAUCUCAACAGAAUAUCAAGGACCGCAAGGAACGAGGAACUGAUCGCAAUGACAUGCUUGAACAGCUCUUUAAAGUUCAACGGGAAAAGCCAGACAAGUUAGACGACAUUUGCGUUACUUCGAUGGCUGCCAGUAACAUCUUUGCUGGAAGUGACUCAACAUCUGUGUCUAUCUCAGCCUUCCUCUACCACACCCUUCGGAACCCCAGGGUCAAGAAGAAGCUCAUAGACGAGAUUAAUGAACAUGCAGAGAAGCACAAUAUUCCGCACGGCACUGUCUUUGAUCUGGAAAUUAUCAACAACAUACCUUUCCUGCAAGCGUGUAUGUAUGAGGCUCUUCGUUGCCAUCCAGCUGUAGGAGUCUCCCUGGGCCGAGUGGUGCCCCCGUCUGGAAUGGAGAUUGGGGAACAAUUCAUCCCUGGAGGGUCUGGCAUUAGCGCAAAUGCCUGGGUUAUCCAUCGAAACAAGGACGUAUUUGGCGAAGAUGCAGAUCAGUUCCGUCCAGAGAGGUGGAUGGAGGACCCCAGCCGUCUUCCCACCAUGAAGCGCAACUUCCUUAGUUUUGGUGCUGGAUCCCGAUAUUGUAUUGGACGAAAUGUGGGCUGGCUUGAGAUGUCCAAGGCAAGUUAA